UCGACCAUUAAAAAAUUCAGACUGCAAUCUCGAACGGAGUGAAAACUAUAUUGGAUAUGGUGGUACCAUAAGAGAUAUAAAAGCAUAAUGUGUGGUGAAAAUACAGUACGCAUCUUUAUUGCUCGAUGACCACAUGUUACCUCUUCUAUUGGAGUAGGUACUAUGUACCGUUUGAAAACAGUUUAUUGGAUACAAUUUUUUGUUAAAGGCAGUUUUAUUGACAACCAGCCCUACAAACAUGUGUAAAAGUUGUAACCAAAUAUACAGGGCGGUCCGAACUGUAUUCCGGAAACUUCGGCAGCACAUUCUACAGAUAAAAAAAAUUACAGCAUCCAGAUCCAACACUGAUUCACAACAAUACACCAAAAUACUUGCUGAUCGUUUCGCUAACCAUAUUGUUGAUGCUAAUAUGGAAAAACAGAUAGGGCACAGCCAUAUCAAGGACUCCAUCCAAGAAUCUAGUUCUAAAAACAGAAAGGAACUACAUGUUCUAUUUGGGAAAGCAAGAUUUUGUACAUCAACCGAUGGAUGUAUACAGUUCCAGGGCAGCUUAGCUGAGGAUAUUAUAUUUGCAUAGACACGUUUUAAGAGAGAAAAUUAUAUAUUAAUUAUAAUGUAUUAUAAUAAUUGUUAGAAGAAAUGAGAUGUAAUAUACUGUUUAGAGCUUUA